AUGGCCUUGGCGCUUUACGUUGCUGCUGUAGUUCGGUGUGACAAUCAGGAUCAAGGAGAAGGUAUAGAGCACCGAUACGAAUACACGGAGAGGCUUUUACAAGGGGUAUCGUCAAAGGGGCCUCAGGGUAAGGAACAGUCAACUGAAGACAACGAAAAGACUACACCUGCAAAGUUGGCAGAAAAGUUUCAAGUCUUAGAUGAGGAAUGGGCUGCCGAUGGCAACACAGACUCUGGGCUUGUUGGAUACGCACAGUUGAUGGUAGAGGGAAUAGUAGACGACAACAGCAUGUUUGAAACAGAAGCGAUGAAAAGUAUCGGUGACGUGUACCUGAAAAGAGGAACAGAGACUCUUAACACUAGAGACUUGACUAGAGCUACUGCUCUGUACAACAAGGCACUGGCGCGGUGUCACAACGUACAGGGAACAGUUGCCAUUGUCCACCGCUUGCUGCACACCGCAAAAAUCAGGCAAGAAAUCAACACAAUUAAAACCAAGAGGUCAGCACGCAUGCAACGACAACAAGACAUGAGAGGACGGAAGGACCACUUCUCUCCCUUCUCAGCUGCGCCCUCUAGCGACGUCAUCGGUGAUGGAAUGCGCUUCUCCUACCACAGCUACAUCCAGACGGCAGAUCGUGACUUGGGAAAUGGAGACCUGGACGCAGCAGAGCAGAACAUAGCAGCCGCCCUGAAGCUGGUCCACGAUCCAAGUAAACCCUACAAUGCUAGAGAAGCUGACUGUCUGUGCAGGAUGGGUGACGUCUAUGUCGAGCGAGGCAAGCGGACAGGAGAAGCCAUGGCCAUCCCGUCACUCAACGACUUCCUCUCGGAAGACCCAGAGAAAGAUUGGUUCUUCGACUCCGUCACACCUCGCGGCUUCGCCUUCGACGGCUUCAUGCCAUGGGCUUCUAAGACUCCUAUUGGACGAGACGAGACCAGAACCAAACCUUCCAUUAGUCUCAUCCAGACUCCUGAAAAUGUAUGGAAAAUAAUAGACGAGUUACGCAAGGCACAGCGGAUCAAUGCCGAAGAAGCCCGCAACUUGACUGUACUGAUCAGCAUCUCAGCGGAGCUGCGGUUAAGAUCGUACAUCUCCAACGGAGGACAGAAGGACAAAGUGUCUCCCCUCACUGAUGUAGAAACCCAACUGGAUAAACUAGAGGAUGAAAUCCUACUGUACAAAGAUGACGUAUUCGACGGGAUGGAGGAGAGGAUUUUCUCAGGGAUAAGGAAAAAAAAGCAAACCAGGUCAAGGGUCAGAGGUCAACAGAUGUCCAAGAUGGUGGAGGUGGAGACGUCGACCUUCGAGGCGCGGAGCCUCUUCAAGGACUCCUUUAAGAUCCUACGACAGCUGUACGAAGAGGAGGAGUUGUGUGACACAAUGCUGAAGGUUGGAGAGAAAGCCAUCCACUGCCACAGAGUCGUCCUGGCUGCCUGCUCGCCAUACUUCUUCUCCAUGUUCACAUCAGGGAUGGGAGAGUGCUACCAGGAUACGGUGACCAUCAAGGACAUUGACAGCUACGCCCUGGAGCAGAUUGUACGGUUUGCGUACACGUCGAAGGUUGUCAUGACGACAGAAAACGUGCAGUCGCUGCUUUACGCGGCCUGCCUGCUGCAGGUGGAAGUUCUGGCGAAGGCUUGCUGUGACUUUAUGAAGGCUCACCUCCACCCCGCCAACUGCCUGGGGAUCCGCAUGUUUGCUGAGCAGCACAACCGCAUGGAGCUGAUGAAGUGUGCCGACAAGCACUCCUGCGAUAACUUCUUAGACGUCAUACAGCAUGACGAGUUCUUACAGGUCACUGCCGGCCACCUAACAGCGAUGAUCUGCUCCUCGGACCUGAACAUAGAUUCAGAAGAACAGGUAUACGAGGCCGUGAUGAAGUGGGUGAAACAUGACAUGGCCACCAGGAAACAGCACGUCUCAGACAUCUUCAGACACGUGCGUUUCCCGAUGCUGCAGCCCUCGUACCUGAUGAGUGCUGUAGAGAGAGAGGAGAUGCUGAGGCAGGACCACUCCUGUAGAGACUUGAUCGACGAGGCUAAAAACUAUCAUCUAUCCAAGGCCAGCAAGGUUCCUGGGCUCAAGUACUCCAUACGCACUCAGCCAAGGAAGAGCUGUGCAGGUGUUCUGUUCAGUGUAGGGGGGAGGGGGGCGUCCGGCGACCCCUUCAAGAGCAUCGAGGCGUACGACCUUCGUAACGACCGGUGGUUCCAGAUUCCAGAGAUGAGCACAAGAAGAAGACACGUUGGGGUCACGUCUACCCUGAGUAAGCUGUAUGCCAUGGGCGGCCAUGAUGGAAGCGACCACCUCAACACUGUGGAGAUGUAUGACCCCCACAUCAACAAGUGGACUAUUCUGUCACCCAUGGCAACCAAAAGGAGAGGCAUAGCGGUGGCCAGCCUGGGGGGUCCGAUCUACGCGGUGGGGGGUCUGGACGACAGCGCCUGUUUCCACACGGUCGAGCGGUAUGACAUCGAGUCCGACACGUGGAACUUUGUCGCACCGAUGAACACUCCCCGCGGUGGAGUGGGGGUGGCACCACUUCAGGGAUACCUGUAUGCAAUAGGGGGUAAUGACGGAGUUGCAUCACUAAACAGCUGUGAGCGGUACGAUCCCCACCUGAACAAGUGGGUGGAGAUCUGCUCCAUGAUCAAACGGCGGGCGGGCGCUGGUCUGGCCGUGCUAAACGGGUUUCUGUACGCUGUCGGUGGUUUUGAUGACAACGCCCCGCUGGACUCCGUGGAGAGAUUCGACCCCACGAAGAAUGAGUGGGAGAUGGUGGGCAGCAUGUCGUGUUGCCGGGGCGGGGUGGGCGUCUCCGCGCUCGGAGGGAAAGUGUACGCGGUGGGCGGCCAUGACGGGGGGUCGUACCUGAACUCCGUGGAAGCCUACGAUCCGAUCCUGGACAAAUGGGCGGAGGUGAGCAGUAUUGGGAUCUGCAGGGCCGGCGCGGGCGUGGCCACGUGUGACUGCACCGUGACUCGGCUCAAGGACAUCGGGCAGAUCAGUGUGGUCAGCUGCGUAUAGCUUACUGUUGGUUCGUUGGUUUGUCUGUUGGUUCAUUGGUUGGUCUGUACAACUGUCUAACUACCAAACAGUUUUGUACGUUAAGUACAAGUUGAGUAAGACCAAGUCGAUGGGUAGGGUUGGGGUUUGCAUUCCUCAAUCUAAUUGUCUUCAAUGGAAAAUACUGUCAAUAUUUUUUUUUGUAUUUUCCAGUAUUGCAGUAUUUUGCAGUCACAUUGCAGCAACAGUUGCAAACAGGCACUUGCAUUCUCGCCAUUUUAGUAAUUUUGGUUCAACCGCGAACUUGUGAUUUUCACCGCACUACACAGUUUUUGUGCCGCGUACUUGAAUGAAUUUACAUUUGAUAUAGCAGAAAUCGGAUAGAGAGGAACAUUACAUUAGACCUAACAUUAAUCAUAGUCUUGUUUAUAGUUACAUUAUAGAGGUAGGAGAAACCUCAGUAUAAAAUUUGCAUAGUCUUAGUGAAAGCCGUGGUACAUUAUUUGGGCUUUGUCUCAUAGCUCACUAAAACGUAGCCUCAUAAAAGUAUGCAGAGUAGCAUAUACGUAAUGAUGUUUAUAUUUGCAACAGUGUUUCUCUGAAAUCAUGGUAGACAGUGUGAGGAUGCUGUCCAGAUUACCAUAGUUUGCAUGUAAAUGUCUAGAUUAUCACAUAGGCAGAAUAGUAAGGUAUAUGAGUACAUUUAUCGAUAUGAUAACACUUAGAUUAAUAGCAAAUUUAUUGUAUUUCCCCUUCCUUGAGUAACAAAAUUGAUAUCAUUAGAUUUGAAAAAGUAGAGAGUCUGACUAAGUAAUGUAAAGGUUGUUGAAGAAAGAUGUAAGAAAGAAAUUUAAUCUAUAUAUUAAGUUUUUGUAUGUAUUUAUGUGCCAUGUAACAAAAAUUUUGUAUAUGGGAUUUGGUGUAAUAACUCUGUUUUGCGACAGGGGAAUUAUGAUUUUGUAUGUUUGCAAAGAAAAAUCACUCAGAUGAAAUUUGAUUUAUGUUGUCAGGUUAUAGGCAUUUUCUUCUCAAGAGAAUUUUUAAGAAUCUUUAUUUGCCAGCAAAUUGUGUAUUUACUAAACAGGAUUUAAAACCUCACAGAUUUGUAUUGUUUAGAUGCUAUAAAUUGAAUGUGAGUGUGGCCCUGGAAGAAAAAGGCAGAACAGGAAGAAAAGCAUAAAAAAAGUAUUUUCAAGACUCUUGCCACUAAAUUGUUGUCUUUAAGUCAUGUAUGGUUUGGUACAAUAUGUCAUACUAUUGCCACAGAAUUUUCACAUACUAGUAGUUAUGUAUAUAUUAAGCUCUGCAAAUUGUUGUAGCAGGUCUAAACUUUGCUGCUGUAUUGUAUCAGUGUUAAAGAUAUACUGUGAAGAGUUGAUAUACUUGGGAAAGUAAGUUGAAUGUCACAAAUUGUUGUUUGUAAGGUCACAUGAUGCAGUUGUUUGGUAACUUGUAUACUUAGGAAGACUGCAGUAGACAGUCCAAAAUUUGUUGUGCAAAAUGUUUGUGUUAGAACUUAGCUAUAGGGAGCUGUAACACUUCUCUGUGUAUAUAUAUCAAGUCGUAACGACAUUGUUUUUUUGUCCCAGGUAAAAUUUGUGGGGCAGAACUUGUUUUUGUUUCACCCACCAUUGUGCAGCCGAAAAACGACUUUGGCCGCAAAAUUACCAAUACAUAACUCAUACGGAGUUGAUGUGCGCACAAAUGUGGCAGCCCUUUAGCUGAUAACUAUACCAAUACAGAUGGUCUUUCAUGCUCACAUUUCCUGUUGGUUGUAGCCCAGAAUUUCCCAUUGAAAAUAAUCAGUAUUAAUAUACUAACGAAACCUAGACAACUGAACAUUGUGUUCAUCAUUAAAAACAUAUCUGCAUAUGUUCUGCACUAUUCCACUUGAUAGCAAGUGCCAUGGCAUUAAAAAAAAUUAUUGACAAUUA